GAGCCCACCCUCGUCACGUGGCCGGAUGUAUUUCGUUGGAGAUACAGGAAGCGUUACCGCAGGGAGAGUGAGCGAGCAAGGGAGGUGGAGUGGGGCGCUUGAAUGAAACGGGCAGGCCGUGAAAACACUGCCAUCUCUCAAAUCAGGACCGCACUGGCCACGGCUGGGAUGUGGGUGGCAUCAUGAGCGUGAAAGCUUUUGAGCUGGUUCCCGCCGUGGAGCGGGAGCAAGUGAUGGGUGAAAAGGUGCGGAUAAUCAUCGAAUGCAUAGAGUGCUGCGGCAAACACCUGUACCUUGGCACCAGUGACUGCUUCAUCCAUCACUUCCUACUAGAGGAACACACUACAGCCAAAGGUAAGCUGGCCUACAGUGCCCAGAAGCUCCUCCACAAAUACCUGGGCCUGAAGAAGCCAGUGGCUGAGCUGAAGGCUGCCUCUGCGUUGGAGCGUCUAAUUGUCCUCUGUGACUCAUGCAUUAUUGUUGUGGACAUGGUUACUCUGGAGCCUGUGCCCACUGGUGGCACAAAGCUCAAAGGUGUGACUGCGUUUUGUAUCAAUGAGAAUCCAGUGACAGGGGAUGCGUUCUGUGUGGAAAUGGCAGUGGUUUUGGCACGCAGACGGGCUGUCCAGAUCUGUACAGUCCAUGAGGACCGAGUGCAGAUGAUAAAGGAAGUAACCACACCAGAGCAGCCCUGUGCUCUGAGCCUGGAUGGAUUCAAUAUCUGUCUUGCCCUGUCCACACAGUAUAUGAUUCUCAACUACAACACAGGAGCCUCUCAGGACCUGUUCCCUUAUGACUGUGAAGAAAGGAAACCCAUUGUGAAGAGGAUUGGCCGGGAAGAGUUUCUCCUGGCUGCUCCAGGCGGGCUCGGGAUGUUUGCUAACGCGGAGGGCAUAUCUCAGCGUGCUCCGGUGAGCUGGUCAGAGAGCGUGAUUGCGGCGGCUGUGUGUUUCCCGUAUGUGGUCGCUCUGGAUGAAGGCUUUGUGACCGUUCACAGCAUGUUGGACCAGCAGCUCAAACAGACGCUAUCUUUCAGAGAUGGACACCUUUUACAGGAUUUUGAAGGUAAGGUGGUCUUAGCCUCUUCAAAAGCAGUGUAUAUACUGGUUCCUCUACCUCUGGAGCGUCAGAUCCAAGACCUGUUGGCAAACCAUCGAGUCGAAGAGGCCCUGACCCUCACCGAGGCGGCACAGAGAAACAUUCCCAAAGAAAAAUAUCAGAUAUUGCACAAAAGAAUUCUCCAACAAGCAGGAUUCAUCCAGUUUGGCCAGCUACAGUUUUUAGAAGCAAAAGAGCUUUUUAGGAAAGGACAGCUUGAUGUACGGGAGCUGAUCUCUCUUUAUCCACUGCUCCUUCCCGCCUCUUCCUCUUUCACCCGUUGCCAUCCACCGCUUCAUGAAUUUGCUGACUUGAACCACCUGACGCAAGGAGACCAGGAGAAGGUACAACGCUUCAAACGUUUCCUCAUUAGCUACCUGCACGAGGUGCGUAGCAGCGACAGUGCUAAUGGUUUCCGUGAAGAUGUAGAUACUGCAUUGCUGAAGCUCUACGCAGAGACCGGCCACGAGAGUCUCCUUGACUUGCUGGCUUCCGAUAAUGCCUGUGUCUUGUCAGACAGCGCCCCCUGGCUGGAGAAGCAUCACAAGUAUUUUGCUCUUGGGCUUCUGUAUCACUACAAUGGCCAAGAUUCUGCUGCUUUACAGAUGUGGAUAAAGAUUGUCAAUGGCGAUCUCCAGGACUCAACACGACCAGAUCUGUUUGAAUAUGUUGUGGAUUUUCUUAGUUUUUGCUCCAACCUUGAUCUUGUGUGGCGGCAUGCAGACUGGGCACUACAGAAGGAUCAAAAGGUUGGUGUGCAGAUCUUCACCAAAAGGUUUACCUCGGAGGAGAAGACGGGCCAGUUAAACCCAGAUGAUGUGAUCACGUAUUUGCAGAAGCACAAUCAAGCCCUUCUGCUCUACCUGGAACACCUUGUUCUAGAGAAGAGAUUGCAGAAAGAGAAGUGUCACACACAUCUAGCUGUGCUGUAUGCAGACAGAGUGCUGGGCCUGAUCUCACGACCUUCAGCCACUGAGGACCAGCUGUCUGCUGCACGCCAGAAACUACAACGGUUACUGAAAGAGUCUAAUCUGUACAGGGUCCAGUUACUACUAGGUAAAGUUCAGAACUCGGAGCUGCUGCUGCUUGAGCGAGCUACUCUACAUGGGAAGUUAGAGGAACAUGACAAGGCCUUGCACAUUCUAGUGCACCAGCUGAAAGACUCUGCUGCAGCUGAGGAAUAUUGCUCUUGGGCCUCUGCGUCUCAUGACCAGUUCUACCGUCAGAACCUUUUCCAUCAACUUUUGAGUGUUUACUUGGACCCGGAUGUACCAGGAGGGGCACAAACAGUGGCUGCCGCUGACUUGCUUAACCAAAACGCUGACAUUUUUGAUGCAGUGCGUGUGUUAAAGCUCCUUCCAGAGGAGUGGUCUCUAACAUUACUCCGUCCUUUCCUGUGCGGGGCGCUGAGGGCCAGUGUGCAUGCACGGUGCACUUCCCAGAUUGCAGUGGGGCUGGCCAGAGCACAAAAUCUCCAGCUUCAGCAUGACAGGCUCAAGUAUCGAGGUGGCCCAAUAUUAGUGUCUGAAAAGAAAGGAUGCCAGCUGUGCCACAAUACCUUUAGCGAGCCAGACUGCGCCUGUUUGCCUGGCGGAACACCUGUCCACAUUCACUGUGUCGCCAAGAAAACCCUGAACCUACCAGUAGAGCGGCAACACGAAAAUGCCCACCGCAGCAACCACACAUGAAGCUGAUGAGUGCCAUGGAGCAGUGGAAACAUGCUGGCAUCGUACCUGUACCGCACACACAGGGAGAAGGCUGAGUGCAUAGAACAGCCAUUCAGAGCCCUUGGUGCGACCAGGACCUGCAAAUGAGUGUGUGGAUGUCUGAUUACUAUUUAUUCCAUAAUCCCUCUGUGGGCACACACAACGCUGACAAUGAAUAUGAGAAUAUUUUAAUGAACGUCAAACAAAAACUCUAAAGAAAACCUGACAACGUCUUUUUGGUCAGUUGAUCUUUUUAGCAUUGCCUUAUAAUGACUGGUCCAGUGGCUUUUUAAAUGGAUUGUGUCGAUAAUAACUAUUGCUUGCAUACUGUUUGGGGUCUGGAUGCUAGUGUCUUGACUGUCUGUUCUCUGUGAGCAGAAAUCUCCAAAAUGAGUGUAUGUAAUUAAGCUGGUCACUAGGUUUCAUUAAACAAACAAAACACCAAAGUUACCUGCUCUGUUCUCAGAGAGUGACAAGUUCUAGCCUUAAUUGAUUACGUCAUGAUUCAUUUAAUAUAAGGGAGCCAUGCUCAAAGACAUAUUUUUCAUAAUUUCAUUAGGAGUAUGGUUUGUGGUCAUAGAUAUUUCAAACCAUUUAAUAGCGAUACAUUUAUAGUCUGAUCUGGAAGAACUUCAAAGUUACAUCAUAGUGUUAUGUAAGAUUCUCCAAUGAAAGUCUGAUUAAUGAGCACAACCCAAGAAAGAUAUUCUUGUUCAUCUCUCUCCUUUCCACGUCAGGUUAACUUGCCUUUAUUUGCAUUUUAAAGUCAAGUUUAAGUGAAAUUGUGGUCAUAUCAAAACAAACCAAUGGACUCAGGCUGUGCUGUUUUUGUGUAUGUUAUAACUAAAUGCUAAAGUGUAUAUAUUACAUCCAACUGUUUGUUUCUCAUAUGCAUGUGUGGUGAUAUGGAUAUGAGUGCUCAUGUCUUAAGAAUGCUAAGCUGUGAUUUUAAUGAUAUAUAUAAUUUUAACAUGCUAAAUUACAUGUCAUGUUUUGGUACGCACGGUAGCAAACAGCUGCUGGAGGUUUUGCCUGAUUUAUAACCUCAUCUCUUAAUAAGCAGGCUGUUUGAAAAUAAACGUGUAAAAUGACUUCGGUUAUGACCAGGGAAAGGCAGGGUGACUAGUUGCCUUGAGGUAUUUUACAUAAACGGUUUAACAAGUACUGCCCUGGUAAUUGUGUACAAGGAUUAUGGUAAAUAAUAUGUAUUUUUUUACAUUUGUCCCACCGUUAAAUACAUAAAUUACUUUGGGUAUUGUACACAAUGCCUGUGUAGUAAAGUGUACAGUUUUGUUCAAAAUAAUAGCAGUACAAUGUGACUAACCAGAAUAAUCAAGGUUUUUAGUAUAUUUUUUAUUGCUACGUGGCAAACAAGUUACCAGUAGGUUCAGUAGAUUGUCAGAAAACAAACAAGACCCAGCAUUCAUGAUAUGCACGCUCUUAAGGCUGUGCAAUUGGGCAAUUAGUUGAAAGGGGUGUGUUCAAAAAAAUAGCAGUGUCUACCUUUGACUGUACAAACUCAAAACUAUUUUGUACAAACAUUUUUUUUUUCUGGGAUUUAGCAAUCCUGUGAAUCACUAAACUAAUAUUUAGUUGUACGACCACAGUUUUUUAAAACUGCUUGACAUCUGUGUGGCAUGGAGUCAACCAACUUGUGGCACCUCUCAGCUGUUAUUCCACUCCAUGAUUCUUUAACAACAUUCCACAAUUCAUUCACAUUUCUUGGUUUUGCUUCAGAAACAGCAUUUUUGAUAUCACCCCACAAGUUCUCAAUUGGAUUAAUGUCUGGAGAUUGGGCUGGCCACUCCAUAACAUUAAUUUUGUUGGUUUGGAACCAAGACUUUGCCCGUUUACUAGUGUGUUUUGGGUCAUUGUCUUGUUGAAACAACCAUUUCAAGGGCAUGUCCUCUUCAGCAUAGGGCAACAUGACCUCUUCAAGUAUUUUAACAUAUGCAAACUGAUCCAUGAUCCCUGGUAUGCGAUAAAUAGGCCCAACACCAUAGUAGGAGAAACAUGCCCAUAUCAUGAUGCUUGCACCUCCAUGCUUCACUGUCUUCACUGUGUACUGUGGCUUGAAUUCAGAGUUUGGGGGUCAUCUCACAAACUGCCUGUGGCCCUUGGACCCAAAAAGAACAAUUUUACUCUCAUCAGUCCACAAAAUGUUCCUCCAUUUCUCUUUAGGCCAGUUGAUGUGUUCUUUGGCAAAUUGUAACCUCUUCUGCACAUGCCUUUUUUUUAACAGAGGGACUUUGCGGGGGAUUCUUGAAAAUAGAUUAGCUUCACACAAACGUCUUCUAACUGUCACAGUACUUACAGGUAACUCCAGACUGUCUUUGAUCAUCCUGGAGGUGAUCAUUGGCUGAGCCUUUGCCAUUCUGGUUAUUCUUCUAUCCAUUUUGAUGGUUGUCUUCCGUUUUCUUCCACGUCUCUCUGGUUUUGCUCUCCAUUUUAAGGCAUUGGAGAUCAUUUUAGCUGAACAGCCUAUCAUUUUUUGCACCUCUUUAUAGGUUUUCCCCUCUCUAAUCAACUUUUUAAUCAAAGUACGCUGUUCUUCUGAACAAUGUCUUGAACGACCCAUUUUCCUCAGCUUUCAAAUGCAUGUUCAACAAGUGUUGGCUUCAUCCUUAAAUAGGGGCCACCUGAUUCACACCUGUUUCUUCACAAAAUUGAUGACCUCAGUGAUUGAAUGCCACACUGCUAUUUUUUUGAACACACCCCUUUCAACUAAUUCAACUAAUUGCCCAAUUGCACAGCCUUAAGAGCGUGCAUAUCAUGAAUGCUGGGUCUCAUUUGUUUUCUGAGAAUCUACUGAACCUACUGGUAACUUGUUUGCCACGUAGCAAUAAAAAAAUAUACGAAAAACCUUGAUUAUUCUGGUUAGUCACAUUGUACUGCUAUUAUUUUGAACAAUACUGUAUGUGCGCUACUGGGUCUUUGCUUUGGUUUGCUGAUGCCUUUUUCCUGAAAAAAAAAAGAUCCAUUCGUCAUGUGUGCAACAAAACUUUCCUCCGCUUUACUGUCUAAAGAAGAGACUGUAAACGUUUUCAGCUUGAGCAGUUAUAAAUGGAAAUCCUCUGUUGCUACAUAUCUUUAUAUCCACAAAGUAUUUUAUACAUAAAAAAAUACAUACUGAUGUGUAUAUACUGUAUUCUUAACUAUUUGUUGCUUUGUAAAUCGAUGCUAGUGUGGGUGGAAUGUACAGAAUGUAAGACGUCCAUUUUAAUUAAUAAAACUAUGCCUACAUGAAUGGAAA